AUGACUGCCGCCAAAGCUGGCGUAAAACCAGAAAAAACCAUGUCGUCGCGACUGAUGACCAUGGGGUUCAUGCAACGCUCUGCAGCCGCCAAUAAAUCCAGAGCCCCAGCAGAAGGAACUCGAACCCCGGAAUCGAAGCGCACCAGACUUUCCACCGAAGCUUCCCCAGAACCCGCCGCAAAACCAUCCUCAGAUCUCGAAGCAAUCUCAGCUGCCAUUGCCGCGGAGGAGGAAAAGCGCAGGGAAGCAUUGUCAAAACAAGCCGCGGAAGCCGGGGAUACAGAAUGGGUUCUUGACUAUCCGGGUGUGCAGCAAGCUGCACGGCCGAUCGUUGUCACUGCUGGGUCGUUGGAUGACGAGGACGAUGAUGAGAGUUAUGGGGGCAGACAGACUUAUGGGAACUUUAAGCGCAAGAAGACGGGUGUGGCAUAUGGAAAUCCUGGCGAAGAGGAGUUGAACGAAGCUCAGCUGGAGGAGAAGAGUAAACUCAGGGCUGAAAUGAAGCAGGAGGCCAAACAUUCGGGCGGUAUAUCAGGAGGAGGAGGCCGUGGAGGUUUUUCUGGAAACAGCGCGCAAAAGAAACGCAAGCACAAAUAA